CCCCCCACCACCACUCCUCCCACCCCGCCACGAUGAGAGGCCUCCUCUCGCGUGCGCCACGCUGGCCCGCCGGGCCGCCGCCUCCUCCACGGGCUCCGGCGCCGCAACCACCGCGCGCCGCCACCUCGCGGGCGCGGCGGAGGCGGCCGAGGCGGAGCUGAAGAAGACGGCGCUCUACGACUUCCACGUGGCGCACGGGGGCAAGAUGGUGCCCUUCGCCGGCUGGAGCAUGCCCAUCCAGUACAAGGACACCAUCAUGGACUCCACCCUCAACUGCCGCGCCAACGGCAGCCUCUUCGACGUCUCCCACAUGUGCGGCCUCAGCCUGCAGGGCCGCCAGGCCAUCCCCUUCCUCGAGUCGCUCGUCGUCGCCGACGUCGCCGCCCUCAAGGACGGCACCGGCUCCCUCACCGUCUUCACCAACGACAAGGGCGGCGCCAUCGACGACUCCGUCGUCACCAAGGUCAACGACCACCACGUCUACCUCGUCGUCAACGCCGGGUGCAGGGACAAGGACCUCGCCCACAUCGGCGCCCACAUGGAGGCGUUCCAGAAGAAGGGCGGCGACGUCAAGUGGCACGUCCACGACGAGCGCUCCCUCCUCGCCCUGCAGGGUCCUCUUGCUGCACCAACUCUCCAGUUGCUGACAAAGGAAGAUUUGAGCAAAAUGUACUUCAGUGAUUUCAAGAUGAUUGACAUCAAUGGAUCUGCUUGCUUCCUCACCAGAACUGGUUACACCGGUGAAGAUGGUUUUGAAAUCUCUGUUCCAUCAGAGAACGCGGUCGAUCUCGCAAAGGCCCUCCUGGAGAAAUCCGAGGGCAAGGUGAGGUUGACCGGCCUGGGCGCCCGCGAUAGUCUCCGGCUGGAGGCUGGCCUCUGCCUGUACGGCAACGACAUGGAGCAGCACAUCACGCCAGUUGAGGCGGGCCUCUCAUGGGCGAUCGGCAAGCGGAGGAAAGCCGAGGGCGGCUUCCUGGGCGCGGAGGUGAUCCUGAAGCAGCUCAAGGAAGGCCCCAAGAUCCGGCGCGUGGGCAUCUUCUCGCAGGGGCCGCCCCCGCGGAGCCACAGCGAGAUCGUGAGCGGCACCGGGGAGAACAUCGGGGAGGUGACGAGCGGCGGGUUCAGCCCGUGCCUGAAGAAGAACAUCGCCAUGGGGUACGUGAAGAACGGGCUGCACAAGGCCGGCACGGAGUUCAAGGUGGUCGUCCGCGGCAAGCAGUACGACGCCGUCGUCACCAAGAUGCCCUUCGUGCCCACCAAGUACUACAAGGCCCCUUAGGUUGUGUACAAAAGAGAAACAAUGGAUGGAUGCUCCCUGGACUGCAAAUUUUCUCUCGCGACUCUGCCAUGGCGGCCUGUUCAUGGCAGGCUGCCGCAGCUGUAACCUCUGUCGGGCUUCCUCUUACAGCUUGACAUUUCUCCUCUACCCUUCUAAUAAUAAUAUAUGCCGGUGCGUUGUUUGCUAUCCCA